CUCCGAUGACGGCUGGUGCUUGCGUGUACCCACAGAAAACAGUCGGCGGGUACCAGUGAUUGUCGGAAAGACUUCGUCCGGCCGAACAGUAAGGGUAGUAUUUUUUAAAUUUUUUUUUUGUAACCUCGAUGUAUCCUGCACGGCAGAAAGAAAAUCCAAACGAUGGACGAGCGCGUUCAAGAUAACAGACGUAAUAUUAUCUACUUUCCAAAUAAAAACACUCAAACUGCUAGCACGCACGUAAAUAAAUCAAAAACGAAAACAACAAACAGCUGAACGCCCAGGCGGGCCACAACUUGCAUAAUUACCCGCGAAACUGACGAGGUCGAAGCAAUCGGAAGUAGUGACAGCCGCAUUGUAACAGCUGCGGUCGACUAACGCAUCGUCAUCAAACGGAAGGAUCGAAGGUCGUGAGAAUUAAUAAUAGAAAACAUAAUUAUAGUUCCAUUCUGUGGCGAUACAUAUUAUUCUCACACAUGUCUAUACUGUAAAUAAUCUGUAUUCUGUGGUAUUACUAUUUUAAUCGUUAUCGAUGCACGGCGGUUGAUAUAACCAUAUUGUUCUGUGAUAUAACAGCUGGGGCUUAACGUAACCGCACAUCACAUCGUAAUCAGUCAUGACCGCUUUGACCAGCCUCCAGUCAUGAUGACUCGAUUUUAAGUCGUCCAGUCUAUGUCAGCGGUUCUCAAACUUGUCCACUCCAUGUGCGGUCCUUAUAUCCGAGUUCCAGUUUCCAGCUUUAAAUGCACUCGUACAAUUGUAUCCGGUGUACUUUAAGAGUUAAAUAAUCAGGAUCGAUACCAUUGGCAGUUGUAAUUAUUAUUAAUUAUAACAUUCAUCGGUUGGAUAUAUUUGUGAAGUCCUAGUGUUGGAUUGGGCCUAUUUUGAAACCCGUUGUUCUAACCUAUAUUUUGAACGGUUCGAUCGGCCGAAUAUUUUCAAUGACCGGAGUGUGUAGAUGCCGAAAAAUCAACGGCAGUUUGUUUGCAGUGAGUGAUCUACACAAUAAGUUAAGACAAGAGUUGGUUGUACGUAUUUAAACAACUAAACUGGUCACCGUUACACCUUAAAAACUUCAACUGCUUCGGAUUCGUAUCCUGUAGUCUAGACGAUCCAUAGUGUCAAAUUCGAGUACAUAUUUGUCGCUAUUAGUUUGUCGGCGUCUACUGAAGUUGUAGGUCGUGCGUCGGUGUCGGUACGUCUUGCGUCAACUAUCGUUUGUACUGUGCAACAUUUUUGACAUCGCAGCUAAUCUUAGUUCACGCUGUCGUAUUGACACCGUACUUCUACGUACGUAGAUUGCCGACGCCCAAGCGCGACGUUCGUUCCAUAAGUUUUUGAACGACACGCGGUUAGGUAUCGUAAAGGAUAACUGAUGUAUUUACUACCACUUUUGCUUGUAUUGGAAACCUACACUGCUGUUCAUCAUCAUGUCUGAUGCUGAGGAUUGCUGCUUGUUGGAAUCCAUUGAAGACAAUGCAGAUGAAUCGGAGUUUAAUUCUAAUAAUGAACAUCAGCAACAGCAGACUAAAAAUUGUACAAACAUAACAUUGACUCGUGAUGAAGCAAAUAAAGAAUUUGCAACAACUAUUAGUUAUGAAUUAGACAAUCAAUUAUUUAGUGAUGACAAUUUACCAGAAGGAUGGACUAAAGUGAAUCAUGAUAGUGGUAUGCCAGUUUAUUUAAAUGAAGAAAUGAAGGUUUGUACUUUUACAAAGCCAUACUUUCUUGGAGCUAAUAGUCUUAAGAACCAUGAAAUUCCAGUUGAAAAUGUUCCUUGUUUACAUUAUAAACUAAAACUGCAAAAUAAAAAUGAUGAAAACAAUGACUCUUCUGACAACAUACCUGUUACAUUGAGUCAUGAAAAGUACCGAGAAUAUUGUAGUAAAUUAUUUAAGUUUAAAAAUAUAAAAUUUAUGAGAUUUAGUUCCUGGGAUAAGCGUCGAGAAUAUAUACGAAUGAUUAAAGCUGAUCGAAGACGAAAAGAUCUUCCAAAAUUAAAAGACAAAUCACAAUUGAUGUCAUUUCCAGUUCAACACCCUACUGCCAAAAAUAAUAAGGAUGAUUCUAAUCUUGAUGAGCAAUGGACAAUUAAUUUAAAUGGUAAAAGCUAUGUAAGCAUUCUGCAUGAAUAUAUUCAACGUGUGCUGAAAACACAACCGUCAUAUGAAUUUAAAGAACUUGAGAAUGCCAGGUAUCCAUAUCUAUCCACUGUAAUUCUAGAUGGCAUGCAAUAUGGUAUCGGCAUUGGCUCUAGUAAAAAACAAGCUAAACUUGAUGCUGCUAGAGCUACUCUUGAAAUACUAUUACCAUCUGUUAAAGACCAUAUUCAAAUCAAUCGAAGGCAUUUAAUGAAUGAGCGUCAAAGUUGUACUAAUUUUGAUGGAGAUACACUUUUUGACAAAUUAAAAAUUAAGGAUUCUAGAAUACCUGAAUUUUGUGCUCAAGCUGCUGAGUCAAUGCCAUAUGACAUGUUGCAGAUAUGUGUGAAACGAAAUUUUGGUGACAAUGUUAAUGUCAUAAGUGAAAUGCAAACUAUGCAAAGUGGAUCAGAUUCUGAGAUAUUUUAUCGUUGCACAAUGUCUGUUAAAGAAUAUUCUGCAACUGUUAUUUGUAAAAAUAAACGUGAAGGACGUCAAAAAGGAGCUCAAGCUCUGCUAAAGGUACUGCAUCCUCAUAUAAAUUAUUUUGGUUCUUUGUUAAGAUUAUACAGCCAUCAAAACGUUGGAAGUGGAUGUGAAAAAAAACUAGACGAACCUGGUAGUCAAAGCCCAAAACCUAGGAGUGGCCCUAACUAUGAAAUAUUGAAAAAAUUAAAUACUGAAAUGUUGAAAUUAGAAUCUUAAUAAAAAAAUUUAAAAAUAUA